AUGGCACAACCCGACCUCACGUCGCAUCAUGUUAACUAUUUAAUUUGGAGGUAUCUCCAAGAAGCAGGUCAUGGCGAUGCUGCUGUGUCUUUGCAACGCGCAUGGUAUCCUAAUCCACAGACUCUUCCGUUUGCGCCGUAUGUUAAAACCCAUGCGCUGGUGUCAUUGGUGCAGAAGGGCCUCCAAUAUCAUGAGAUGGAAGCCUCAUUGGACAAGGAGGGCAAUCACAUCAAUAUUUCACCCUCUGAUUACUUUUUCGGGCCAGAGCCCUUUGAAGCUGGCUCUACAGAAGGUCAUGAUGAGGCUAUCGGCACUGACGCAGAUUCGCCGGCCCAGGUUGAGCACGACCGCCCGGUAAAUGGCCAUGCCGAGCCGGAUAGGGAUGAAACUGAUAGCGAUGAGUCCAUGGAGGACAAAGCACGGACCGAAAGCCAGCCAGAAUCUCCUCGUCGUCUGGACGAUGAUGGCGAUAUUAGCAUGGCCGAGGAAAUUCCCGAGCCCACCCUCGGGAACGGUCACAUAUCCGGCGUUUCGAUCGCCCCCGCCAAGCCCAUCGAUUUGACGCCCAACACCGCCCUGCUGGAUGUGGAGAACCACGUGACUAGCGCUCUAUGGCACCCUCGUGAUCCCAAUAUCGUCGUGGGAGCUGGUGAGCUCUUUUGCAGCAUAUGGAAGUUGUCAACCUCGUCAGACCCACUGCAGAAGAAGAUUCUCGACCUCAAGGUGGGAAGCACAAGUGUCUCAACCGUGGCCUGGGAUGCCAUCGGCGAACAAUUGGCCGUGGCGACUUGUACCGAUGACCGAGGAACCAUCACCAUGUACAAUGUCAACGGUGACGCAGUGGACCUACUACCCGAAGUGCCGCGGCUUGUUACUGGUCUGCAUUGGGCUGAGGACAGCCCGCGACUCGUUGUUGUCGCCUCGAAUCAUAAUGUAUCGGAGCUCGCGCUUUGGGACGACACCCAACGACCGGACGUUUUCCCUCCACCUCAAACAAUUGAAGAUCAGAUCAACGAAGUGGCAUGGUGUGGACGCAACUUGGUUUUUGCUGCUGGAGACAGCACAAUCUACCAAUCCGAAGUUGACAACAGCAUCCGUCUGGUUAAAACAUUCCGUUCCCCCAGUGAUGAUGCAAGAUGGGGGUUGAUUCGCUGCAUCCAAACUGAAUCUCACUCAGUUGCGGUCGCAGCUUCUGAAGACGCCCGUGCGAUCUGGAUCCCCACCCAUGACAUCUUUAUCCCCAACGCCCACGAUGCCAGUAUUACCGGCCUUGAUAUUCGUCCUCAAUCACUUGCGCAGCGCAUUGACUUUGCCUCUUUCUCGGCGGACGGUAAAGCCAAGGUCUGGCGGGUCGAUCUCGACCUCAAGGAUUAUACAUGCAUUCAUCAGCUUAGCCUAGAUCCAUCAAGUCCGGCGCUCGCCGGGUCUUUCUCACCCGAUGGAUACGCCCUGGGCGCGUUCAGCAAAGACCGGCUCUUUAUUUGGAACGUGGAGCGUGGCGGUGCACCCAUUUCCACCUGGACCGCACCUAUACCCGAGGUGAAGAAGGAGGAAGGCGCUCGCCUCACCAACGGACACCAUGUUUCGAACGGUCACAUAGAUUCGGAUCUAAGCCGGCCCUUUUCUUGGGAUAUGGAUGGGAAACGACUUGUCUGCGGCUUCGACAAACAGGUACAUCCCCUCUUUACUGUUUCAAUUGAUUAA